ACAGUAAUGAGGUAGUCAUUCAAAAAUUAUGUUAAACACUAUUAUUGCACACAGAAUGAGUCCAUGCAACAUAUUAUUUGACUUGUUAAUCACAUCUUUACUCCUGAACUUAUUGAGGCCAUAUCAAAAGGGUUGAAUAUUUGACUCAAGACUUCAGUUUUUUAUUCAUUUGUAAAACUUUGAAAAAACAAUUUAACUUUGAUGUUAUGGGGUAUUGUGUGUAAGACAGUGACACAAACGGUGCUUUCGUAAAUUCACUCUGAAAUCUGCUCCGAUUUCAGAGGACUAUUGUCUAAGUGUGCCAAAGUGCAGAAUAUCUGAUCAAUUUACGAACGUGCAACACCCGUUGAAUAUGGCCUGUGUUGGUAAACGUCGGCAAAAAAAUUUGUAAUUAAGUUGUUGCCAGCAGCACAGUUAGUCACCAAUGCUCUGGAUAAAAUGAAAACAGCAUAACCAGCUCUGCUAGGGCGAGUAAAAUGGUCAGAAUGAGGUGUUCUUGCAUGUGUCUGGAAGUAGCUACCAAAGUAGCCAACGUUAGACAGUUAGCUUGGGUGCCGUUGUGUGGUCGGGACGCUCGGACCAACCCUACUCCGUUAGAGCGUCUACUGUGUGAAAAAGUCAAGGGAGUGAGGUUCGCAUCCUUGGAUUACUCUCCGGGGCCUUACCGUGAACACUAUGAAGACUACCCGAGGAGUUUCGACCUCCAGACAUUCCACGCCCUGGACGUUCUACGCCAGAGCACCAGCGCCUCUCAAUGUGCCACUGAGACGGCUUACCAAGAGGAGUUUGGCCUGCAGUCCCACCUCAACCCUCCGGAUAACACUAAGUUUACCCUGUACUCUCACCCUGGGCCUAUGCAACGGUUGGAGACAGGGAGUGAAGAGGAACAUUUUACACCAUGGCAAUCAAACUGAACUCCAUCCAUGAAAAGUAACCAAUGAAAAUGGUGCAUUGCAUGUAUUUUUGUUUGAAUGACAGGUUGUAAAAUCUUGCAUUGCAAUCAUAUAUAUGACUCUAGAAGCAUUUCAUCUCAAGUAAUGCUGAUAUAUAAUGUGUUUAUUAUAUAUACAGUACCAGUCAAAAGUUUGGACCCACCUACUCAUUCAAGGGUUUCUCUUUAUUUUGACUAUUUUUGACAUUGUUGAAUAAUGGUGAAGACGUCACAACACGUGGAAUCACGAAGUGCAAAGCUGUCAUCAAGGCAAAGGGUGGCCAUUUGGUCCAUAUGUGCCAUUUCAAACUUUCAACUGGUACUGUAUAUUUCUAUGAAAGUCCAUUGGCACAAAAAGUGUAAUUAAAUCCAAAAAUGGCAGCAAACACGAAUCAAAUCAAAUCAGUCUUUAUUUAUUUAUAUAGCACAUUUCAGACAUGGAAGCACAGGGGGGGGAAAAAAUGAAAUAAAUAUAAAUAAAAACAGAAAUAUUUACUAAACAACAAACAUCAGAGGAUAAAAAAAACUAAAGAAUAACAAUAAAAAAUGAAAAGCACCCUAAGGAAAAGCAGAGCCAAAAAGAUGUGUUUUAAGAUCGCUUUUAAAUAUGUCCACAGUUUCGGCCCACUCAGGUUCUCUGGCAGGCUAUUCCAGAGUCUGGGGGCAUAGUAACUAAAGUCUGCCUCUCUAUGACUCUUGGUCCUUGGCUUUGGGAUAGUUAAAAGGCCAGUGCCAGAGGACCUGAAGGACAUACUGAGUACAUAACUGUCAUGUCUGGCAUGUUUUGGGGUGCAACAAUCGUGGAUUGAUUUCAAAACCAAAAGAAUAAUCUUGAAAUGAAUUAUAAAAACUCACAGGCAGCCAGUGCAGAGACUUUAAACCAGGUGUAAUGUGUGCUCUCUGUCUGGUCUUGGUCAGUACCCGCGCUGCAGUAUCCUGUAUGUUUUGCAGUUGACCAAUGGCUUUCUUGGGUAGACCAGACAUGAGAGCAUUACAGUAGUCAAGCUUACUUGUGAUAAAAGCAUGGAUGAGUCUCUCUGUAUCAGCCUGAGAGAGGAACGGCCGGACCUUGGCAAUGUUCAUCAGGUGGUAAAAACCUAUUUGGGUCACAUUCCUAAUGUGUGAUUCGAAAUUGAGUUCAUAAUCUAAAAUGACACCUAGGGUUUUUACCUGGUGUUUUAUCUUUAUUGCCCGUGAAUAAAAAUGUGCAGCCAGAGUCUCUCUCUGUGCUUUGACUCCAA